AUGAGGUUGGCCAAGUGAAAACAUCCUGGCCUUCAGCGGGACUCACCCUGAACACCAGUCCACUCCGAGGUCCCCACAUUGUGAGAGCUCACCAUGUUGCUGAAGGUGCCACAGGCACUACUGGCCUUACUUCUGCCCAUGCUCCUGACACAGGGUGAAGCCAGGCAUAGACGGGGCCUCCAGGCCCAUAACACCUCCAGGCCCGCUCUGCACAGGCUGUCAGAUCACCUCCUGACCAACUACAAGAAGAGUGUGAGACCAGUACGGGACUGGAGGAAGCCAACCACCGUAUCCAUUGAUGUCAUUGUCUAUGCCAUCCUCAGCGUGGAUGAGAAGAAUCAGGUACUGACCACCUACAUCUGGUACCGGCAGUACUGGACUGAUGAAUUUCUCCGGUGGAACCCCGAGGACUUCAACAAUAUCACCAAGCUGUCCAUCCCCACAGACAGCAUUUGGGUCCCGGACAUUCUCAUCAAUGAGUUUGUGGACGUGGGGAAGUCUCCAGAUAUCCCAUAUGUAUAUGUCCAACAUCACGGUGAGGUCCAGAACUACAAGCCCCUCCAGGUGGUGACUGCCUGCAGCCUCGACAUCUACAACUUUCCCUUCGAUGUGCAGAACUGCUCCCUGACAUUCACCAGCUGGCUGCACACCAUCCAGGACAUCAACAUCUCCCUGUUGCGCUCACCAGAAAAAGUGAAGUUUGACAAGAGUGUCUUCAUGAACCAGGGCGAGUGGGAGCUUCUAGGGGUGCUGACCCAGUUCCGGGAGUUCAGUAUGGAAAGCAGUGACUGCUAUGCAGAAAUGAAGUUCUAUGUGGUCAUCCGCCGGCGGCCCCUAUUCUAUGUGGUCAGCCUGCUGCUGCCUAGUAUCUUCCUCAUGGUCAUGGACAUUGUGGGCUUCUACCUGCCCCCAGAGAGUGGUGAGAGGGUCUCCUUCAAGAUCACACUCCUUUUGGGCUACUCUGUCUUCCUGAUCAUUGUGUCUGAUACGCUGCCAGCCACUGCCAUUGGCACUCCACUCAUUGGUGUCUACUUUGUUGUGUGCAUGGCUCUCCUGGUGAUAAGCUUGGCUGAGACCAUCUUCAUCGUGCGGCUGGUGCACAAGCAAGACCUGCAGCAGCCUGUGCCUGCCUGGCUGCGGCACCUGGUUCUCGAGAAAGUCGCCCUGCUGUUUUGCCUAGGGGAGCAGCCAACUUCCCAUAGGUACCACUCCCAAGCCUCCAAGACUGACGAUUGCUCAGACAUGGGAAACCACUGCAGCCAUGUGGGCGGACCCAGGGAUGUGGACAAAACCCUGAGGGGCAGAGGCAGCCCUCCCCCACCGCCACGAGAGACCUCCCUGGCUGUGCGUGGGCUGCUCCAGGAGCUGGCCUCCAUCAGGCACUUCCUAGAGAAGCGUGAGGAGAGUCGAGAGGUGGCCCGGGACUGGCUGCGCGUGGGCUCCGUGCUGGACAGGCUGCUCUUCCGCGUGUACCUGCUGGCAGUGCUGGCCUACAGUGUCACCCUGGUCACACUCUGGUCCAUCUGGCAGUAUUCCUGAUAGGCACAGCCCAGCAGGGGGAAGAUUGAAGGCGCCAAUGGAAACCAAU